GGUCGUACUACCAUCCCCCGUCCUUUUCGGCUUCGUCGUUCUUCUUCAUUCAUUGUCUUCUUAGGGCGUCAUCAUGGCUUUCUCUCGCUCAGUCACAUCUUUACUCCGCACCUCGCGGCAUGUGGUCACCCCUGCCCGAGGUGUUAACCCGGUGAACAGAGUCUGGGGUCACGACAGAUUCGGAGCGAGAACGUACGCUGCCGUGUUCGAGAGAAACAAGCCGCACGUCAAUAUCGGCACAAUUGGCCACGUCGAUCAUGGCAAGACCACUUUGACCGCAGCCAUCACCAAGCGACAAGCAGAAAAGGGAUUUGCCAACUUCUUAGAAUAUGGCGCCAUCGACAAAGCUCCCGAAGAGCGAAAGCGUGGUAUCACAAUUGCAACUGCCCAUAUCGAGUACCAAACCGACGCUCGCCACUACUCCCACGUUGACUGUCCCGGUCACGCCGAUUAUAUCAAGAACAUGAUUACUGGUGCUGCUUUGAUGGAUGGUGCUGUCAUGGUCGUUGCUGCGGGUGAUGGGCAAAUGCCUCAAACCCGAGAACACUUGCUCCUCGCUCGUCAAGUCGGUGUCCAGAAGAUUGUCGUAUUCGUCAACAAGUGCGACACUGUCGAAGACCCGGAAAUGUUGGAACUUGUCGAGAUGGAAAUGCGAGAACUUUUGUCCAAGUAUGACUUCGAAGGAGAAGAGACUCCCAUCAUCUUCGGUUCCGCUCUCUGCGCUCUGGAAGGUACAAAGCCCGAGCUUGGUGUUCAAAAGAUCGACGAGCUCCUGAACGCGGUCGACACCUGGAUCCCUACCCCUGUCCGAGACACCGAGAAGCCCUUCAUGAUGUCGGUCGAGGAAGUUUUCUCCAUCUCUGGUCGUGGUACCGUUGCUUCCGGCCGUGUCAUGCGUGGUGUCUUGAAGAGAGAUUCCGAAGUCGAGAUCAUCGGAGGUGGCGACCAGGUCAUCAAGACCAAGGUCACUGACAUUGAAACUUUCAAGAAAUCCUGCGAAGAGUCAAGAGCUGGUGACAACUCGGGUCUCCUUCUCCGAGGUGUGAAGCGUGAAGACAUCCGACGUGGUAUGGUUGUGGCUGUCCCAGGCACCGUCAAGGCCGUCCAGGAGGUUCUCGUCUCCAUGUACGUCUUGACCGAAGAGGAAGGUGGAAGAAAGACUGGCUUUUCCUCGGCAUACCGACCUCAGCUCUACGUCCGUACCGCUGAUGAAGCCGCCGAGUUGGCAUGGCCCGAAGGAACCGAAGAUACCAGCAGAAUGAUUAUGCCUGGUGACAACGUCGAAGUGGUCCUCAAGACCAACCAUCCUUGUGUGAUGGAAAUUGGUGAACGAUUCAACUUGAGAGAAGGUGGCCGAACUGUUGCCACUGGACUGGUCACGAGAGUCAUCAAAUAGACGAGGACGGCCUUCUGGGACUGAGAUGUUGUUUUCCGACCAAUCGCUCGAUGCACGUUGUACUCACAAGAGUAAAUGGAGCAUCCUGUACCAAAAAGCGCAUGUUUGACUAAGUAUGUGAGUUGUGGGCUGUGAGUUGCGAAGAUGGGGCCUUGUAUACGAUAAUGUACGACAACGGACAAGUGGUUCUCUCUUACCUGCCUGUUCUCACCCAUUUGCACGAAAGAGCCACCAGAUCUGGAAAUCACGAAGACGGACGUACAUUGUGUUUUUAAUCUUUACCAAUGAGGGAUUUGGACUGGCGCACAGAAGCUUUAUAUCCUCGUACCCACUUACCUUUGUGUGUAUAUAUACCUUGGUAUGAAAAGAACUCUCAACUUUUUUAA